AACAACACUUUGUUAUGGAGCACGUGGGUCUUAUAAACGCGGCAGAUUUGUCAAGUCCUCGCAGAUAUCCUGUACGCAGAAGGAGUAAUGGAAAGAGUAGAUUGGGAUUUGAUCGAUUAUUUCUUAAACGAUUGUGGAGGAUUUUGAGAGUGAUGAUGCCUGGUUGGCUCAAAACAACUACACUGCUUCUCAUUGUGCUGCUGUUGUUGGCUGUUGGAGAACAAUUUGCUAUUUAUUACACGGGUCUAGUUCCCAGUCAGUUUUAUGGAGUAUUAACGAGGAAGGAUGCCAAUGGCUUCAAGACAGUUUUGUGGAAAGGAGCAAUUUGUAUUACAGCUGCAGCUAUGGGUAGGAGCUUUAUUCAGUUUGUGUGCGGAUGGUUGCAUGUGAUGUGGAGGAAAUAUCUCACCGAUCAUCUUCACGACAGUUACUGUACAGACAUUGUCUACUACAAUGUCAAUGUAUUGGAUCCCACACUCGACAACAUAGAUCAACGUAUAACACAAGAUGUGGAACGCUUUACUUUCAAAUUGAGUGACAAGGUUGCAUCUAAGUUGAUCAUCACUCCAUUCACAGUGAUUUACUACACAUACAAAUGUUGGAACAGCAUUGGCUACUUUGGUCCCGUUCUUAUCUACCUCUACUUCUUUGUUGGAGUUGUUAUCAACAAGUUAAUAAUGUCACCAAUUGUACACUUAGUUUACAAACAAGAAAACCUGGAAGGCGACUUUAGGUUUCAACACAUGCAGCUGAGAGUUCACUCAGAGUCAGUAGCAUUUUACAGGAGUGGAGAGCUAGAAAAGCAGAGACUGUCACUGAAGUUCAAGGACCUGCUGUCAACUCAGGGUCUUCUUGUGAUGUGGAAUUUCCUUCUAAACAGCUCAGUGAACAUAUUUGAUUAUGUGGGUGGAAUACUGAGCUACCUUAUUAUUGCACUCGCAGUGUUUGGAACAGCACGCUUUGACUCGCUCUCUGCCAGUGACAUGAGUGUCCUCAUCAGUGAGAACUCAUUCUUCUGUCUUUACCUCAUCAAUCAGUUCUCGUCUCUUAUUGACCUUAGCAACGACUUGUCAGACAUUGCAGGCUACACACACAGGAUAGGACAACUUAUGGAGUGUCUUCAUGACAAUCACAACGACCAGCAUGACCUUCCAUGGCAAGCUGCCAGUGAAACAGUAAGUCACGUGACUGAUGCUAACACAAAAGGUUUAUGUCUUCAGAAUGUGUCUUACUGUCCACCAAGCAGCGACCAGUUGUUAGUGAAUGACCUGACCAUAGAAUUAUGUGUUGGCAAGAACAUAUUGGUGAGCGGCAGGACUGGAGUGGGCAAGAGCUCGCUGUUUCGAGUGAUCAGCAACAUUUGGCCAGUAGUGAAAGGUAAAAUUCAAUGGCAGAUUCCUUAUUCUACUCACUUUGUGUUCUUUCUUCCUCAACGAGCGUUUCUAGUGCAGGGAUCUGUACGAGAGCAGGUUGCGUAUCCGCGAUCGCCUGCUGAUGUUUGUGAUGAGAAAAUUAAAGAUGCUCUUAGUAUGGUCGACUUGAGUCAUAUUGUAGAUGAAAUCCAUUUUGACAAGCAACCGGCAGUAAACUGGGAUGACAUCCUUUCACCCGGUGAAGUUCAAAAGCUCGGCUUCGCUCGCCUUUUCUGUCAUCAGCCACGAUAUGCUUUGUUGGAUGAAGCAACGAGUGCUGUAGAUGAGGAAACAGAAGGAAAACUGUACGAUAUGUGCCAAGACUUAGGAAUAACAUUAGUCAGCAUCAGCCACAGAAUGUCUCUCAAAAGGUAUCAUCAUGUCGAGCUGUGUCUAACAGGUGGUGGUGAGUGGACAUUAGCAAGCAUGCAGUAGCGACUGCUGAGAUAAGAAAAAUGAUUCUCUUAGUAUCUACUGAUUUUAGAUGUUUUGUUUUCUAAUAUAUACAGACUAUA